GGGGAGGGCGAUGGUCUGUCCCUGGCCCGAGUAGCCCCAGCCCGGGCCUCGGCUCAUGGUCUGGCGGAUGCGCAGGAAACGGCCGCGCUGGUUCUCCUUCAGGUCGAGCGGGAAACGGUGCUAUGUUGUCUUGGGUGGGUUACCCGAGACGGAAAGAAAAUUUAGACCUGAUCAAUCGAGUGAUGAUCGCUUCCCCGGGGAGCACGCGUGCGCGGUUUGAUCACGUGGCUGGGCAGCCCGGCUGGUUGGAGCUAGUGCGCAUGCACGGAACGCCUUCGGAGGCGCAGGACGUGGGGACAGGCGAGUGUUGGGAGUCCCUGGCUGGCGGGAAACCGAGCGGUGCGCCUGGGCUGUGAGAGGGGGAGCUGGUGCUCUCCAUCAUCUGAGAAUCUUGAAACAAUGCAGUAGAUUGUGAAAAGAUGACUGAUCAGCAGCGCAAGUUACCUGAAUGGAUGGCAUCUGAAGAAAUAAAAGAAAUUAAUAAGCAGCUAAAGGUUUCUUGUAUCAAGAAAAAUGUUCUGGAGGACAAACUUCCCUUCUUGGAGUUUCCUGGGUCUAUUAUUUACAGUUAUGAAGGAAGUGAUUGUUCAUUUCUAUCAGAAGAUUUAAGGUUUUCAAUUCCAAGUGAAUCAGCCAUUGGGUUUGACAUAGAGUGGCCUCCCACAUAUAUAAAAGGGAAGGAGAGAAAAGUAGCACUUAUUCAACUGUGUGCCUCUGAGAAAAGGUGCUACCUAUUCCAUGUAUCUUCUAUGUCAGGAUUUCCAAGUGGACUGAAAAGACUACUGGAAGAUGAAACAAUUAAAAAAGUUGGUGUUGGAAUUAAUGGAGAUCAUUGGAAACUAAUGAAGGACUAUGACAUUAAAAUGAAAGGCUUUGUGGAACUAACAGACAUGGCUAAUGAAAAGUUGAAUUGUGCUGAGAAGUGGAGUCUGAAUGGGUUGGUGAAGCAUCUCUAUGGUAAACAGUUGUGGAAGGAUACAGCUGUCCGCUGUAGCGACUGGGAUACAUUUCCACUCAGCAAUGAGCAGCAGCAGUAUGCAGCAGUCGAUGCCUAUGCUGGUCUUCUAAUUUAUCAAAAAUUAAGUAGUUUGGAUAUUAGCAGAGGAAAGCAAUUUCAUAAUAAAGAUGACCAGAAGUUGCUCCCAUCCCUUUUUCUAAGGUCCAAUCUGAUGUCUAUUGCUCAUGAGAUGCAAUAUUUAGCACAGAUGGUUCCUGAUUCCCACAUUAGUGGUGUGCAAAGAGUUGCAGAUAUCUUGAAUGUCAUCUCUGAAAAUAUUUCUGAUUUGCGGAAUAUUCUGACUGAAUCAAGAUCUGGGACUGGUGCUCAACCAGGGAAUGAAACAGAAACUGAAUUGCUUGGGGGCAAUCAGAGAGAAAAUAAUUGUUCUGAAGAUAGUUUGGAAUCAAUUGAAAUGACAAACCAGAGCUGCCAAAAACCGGACCCAGAAAGUAACUUGACUGGCGUGCCAUUAGAUCCACAUAAUGACAGUGCUCUCCACAUGCAAAACUUGGAGUCCCUAACAAACGACCAAAACGAUGCAGAUGCUAGUGGAGAAGGCAAUCAAAAUGAACAUCAGGAUUACCUGAUGUCUUUGAACAUAACAGAAUAUGAAAUUCAGAUGUUAGAACGUCAAGCACAAGAGGAAGAUGCAGUGAAUAAUACUAUUUCUUCUUUGCCAAAUAAGGCUCCUAAUGUGAAUGAAGAAACAGAUCUUUCUUGUGUGAUUGAAAGUGAUGAGGAGCUGGAGAAAGAGAUGGUCAAAGUACUGGAAGAUCUGGACAGUUCCGAAAUGGAUUCUGAAGAAUCCCUCAGUUUACUUGACAAGACUACAUCAGAGCAGCUUUUUGAAGUGGAGGAUGAGGAAGAUGAAAAGAUCAAGGAAGAAGAGGAGAAGUGGGAUGCUGCAAUACCAAAACCAAAUGAAAAACAGAUCGAAUAUCUGAAAACUUACUUUGGACAUACUAAUUUUAAACCUGUACAGUGGAAUGUUAUCCAUUCAGUGCUUCAGGAGAGAAGAGAUAAUCUAGUUGUUAUGGCAACUGGUUAUGGUAAGAGCUUAUGCUACCAAUUCCCAGCUGUCUACACAGGAGGUAUUGCAGUAGUGGUUUCACCUCUCAUAUCUUUGAUGGAGGAUCAAGUAUUACAAUUGAACAUGUCCAACAUAACAGCUUGUUUCCUUGGCUCUGCCCAGGCACAGAAGUUUUCCCAUGAACUAAUAAAGGGUCAUUUCAGAGUUGUUUACAUGACACCUGAAUACUGUUCAGGAUCGAUGCCAUUACUCCAGAAACUCGAUGAUAGCGUUGGUAUUAUUCUAGUUGCUGUGGAUGAGGCUCAUUGUAUAUCUGAGUGGGGACAUGAUUUCAGACGUUCUUACAGGACAUUGGGACUUAUAAAACAAUUACUGCCACAGAUUCCAGUUGUUGCCUUAACUGCCACUGCCAGCCCUUCAAUCAGAAAUGACAUCAUAGAGAAUCUGAAGCUGAAGAAUCCUCGGGUUGUCUGCACUACUUUUGAUCGGCCAAACUUGUACUUAGAAGUUGGUUAUAAAUCCAUGGAUAUUAAACGAGACUUGGAACCAUUUUUAAUCAAAAGGGACAAGUUCUCCUUUGAGUUUGAAGGACCCACUAUAGUUUACUGCCCAACCAGGAAGGCUACAGAACUAGUGGCUGGAGCAUUGUCACAGAUGAAUGUUGUUUGCGGCACAUACCAUGCAGGCAUGGGCAUCAAGGCCAGGAGAGAAGUGCAUCACAAGUUCAUGAGGGACGAAAUUCAGUGUGUCGUAGCUACCAUUGCUUUUGGCUUGGGAAUUAACAAGCCUGAUAUUCGUAGAAUCAUUCAUUAUGGAGCUCCUAAAGAAAUGGAGUCAUACUAUCAAGAAAUUGGGAGGGCUGGGCGAGAUGGUUUGCCCAGUGAUUGUCACAUCUUAUGGAGUCCUGCUGACAUGAAGUUAAACAGGCAGCUGCUGAAUGAGAUUAAGAGUUCAACAUUCCGUAACUACAAAAUUAAGAUGAUGGAAAAUAUGAAGAAAUACCUCACUUCAUCCAAGUGCAGAAGAAUUAUUAUCUUGUCCCAUUUUGAAGAUGAACAGCUCAGGAAGGCCACCUUGGGGAUCAUUGGAACUGAUAGAUGUUGUGACAAUUGUAGAUUAAGAAUUGGAAGCUGUCCUCCUGCAGAUGACCCAGAAAUUGAGAUGCAAGAUUUUGGAAAAGAAGUGUAUCAGCUACUGACUACAAUAUGUAUUUUAGGAGAGAAGUUUGGUAUUGGAGUCCCUGUUUUGUUCUUGCGGGGUUCUUACUCUCAGCGUUUGCCAGAAAAGCAUCGUAAUCACCAUCUGUUUGGCAGUGGAAAGAACCAUCCUGAAAACUGGUGGAAGGCAUUGGGUCAUCAACUUAUCACUGAGGGUUUCCUGAAGGAAAAUGCCACCUUCAAGAGAUUUGCUGUCACAACUGCUCUUACUGUAAAGGGGCGAGAUUGGUUGAAGAAGGCAGCUGAUGUGUCUUGUCGAACUCUUCUGCUUCCAGCCACUGAAGAACUGCAUCCACGUGAUCUUCCAAAAGUUCAGGUUCAGCCUCCAACUUCAUCACCAAUAUCCUCUCAACGAUCUCCUGCAUUGGCCACCCAGUCAGAGCUUCAGUAUAUGUCGCUACGUGACCGAUUCGCAAGAGACGAAAGAAAAGAGAAUGAAAAGCUGUUUGCCACAUCUGCAGUUAAAGGUCAUUUCUUUGUUCCACCUUCAUCUGAAUCUUCAGUAAAAACUGUUCCUUCUGAACCAGCCCCAUCACCCAGGGAACUUGAGCUGCAGGGCAAAUUAUAUGGCAAAUUGUUGGCAGCAAGACAGAAUAUUGCCAAUGAGAAAAAUGUUCCUCCAGCUAUUUUGGCUACAAACAAGAUAUUACUGGAGUUUGUCAAGAUAAGGCCAACAACUGUGGACAACCUGAAAAGAAUUGAUGGUGUAUCUGUAGCUAAGUCUGCUGUGCUGGCUCCUCUCCUGAAUAUUAUCAAGGAGUUCUGUAAAGCCAAUCAAUUGAAGAUGGACAAGUUUUCGGUUUCAACUCAAAAUCCAGUGGUCCAACCAAACUUUGCCUUUGGCCACCAGUCUAAUAUUGCAUGUGUAACAAUGGCAAGAACCAGGGAUUCAAGCAAUGUGAUUGUUCCUGCAGUUGGUCAGCCUUCAUCUUGUGCACCAAGAUCUGAUGACAUGGACGUUAAUCAAGCUGGACUUGGUCAUCCAGUUCAGGAACUGAACAUCAGCACUGUUCAGAAUCCUUCAUCUCAUUCAGACUUCAACAGGGAAGCUGUUCAGACACACAAUGAUGAUAAGCACCCAGGACAGCCACAAAGUUCCCAUGUUGAAACAAAAUUUCCCCAAGCAAAUUCCCCAGCAUUUAGAUCUUCUGAAUCUUGUGUCGAAGAAGAACUAAACUGGAUUGAAACAGCAGGGAAGCACACAGGAGGCAGUCGAAACGUGCCAACCAGUAUGCCCUCUGUUAGUUUAGAAUCAUGGAAGCAGCCUGAUGCAAGAACAAAAACAUUGUCUGAUGAUUCACAGGCAGAGGAGAAGCAAAUAGACAAAGAAACACCUGAACUGGCACCUUGCAGUCAGAAUCAAACUGCCAGGAAUAGUCAGAGAAGCAUAUCCUCUGAUAGUUUUGCAUCCUGGAACGACCCAUUGAUUGAUGCUUCUGUCAGGGAUUUGUUUGAUGAUUCACAAUCAGAGAGCUGCAGUCAGUCAUCAAAAAGAAAACUCCCAGAGUGGUUUGGGUCUUCAAAGCCACAGGAACUCUCUUGUACUGCAAUAAAGAACGCGAAAAAGAGAAAAGGACUCUUCAGUUGAAGCUGUUUUGCUGCUACUGGCUAUCAGAUAAAUCUCUCAACACUACGCUGUACUUGGUGACAAAAUAAAAAUAAGCCAUUUGGGCCUCGCCCAACAUUUCAAUUGUAUUGCACACACCUUAUUUCUGCCAGGGACAGCCUGGUGAGAAGCCUUCUGUGAGGCAGGAUGAAAGCAGCAGAAGAUGGCAAGAUGAUAAUUCUGUUGUUGUAAGACCUAAUCCUGAAUGUACUCAAAUUCACUGUUAAGUUUUAAUGAUAUUCUUAUGCAGUGCGAAAAUGUUCACACAGCACCUGUCUCCUUGCUGGUGUUAGCUCUAUUAACAUAUAUUGCUGAAUUCUGCAGUACUUGUAUUUUGAAAAUUGAAUUAAUGUGGGAUCAUUCCUGCACUAACGUGAGCAACAGCGCAUUUUGACAAAGUAUUGUUUCUCAAUUGCUUUGAAACUGCUUGUUGUAUAGUAAGAUAUUCUGCAACAUUUUGUUUGCAGAACAAACAAAACUUGCACUAGUGGAAAGUCUGCAGGAACUUUAAUUUUGUACAGUAAGGAUGAUAUUGUGAAUUCUAAAUAAAUUAAAAAUGAAUCCUAAGUACUAACUAAUGCAAAAAAUGCAUGAUCUUGAUGCAAAUAAUUUUUCAUGUCUUUUUUUAAACUUGUGACAGAAGGAAUCAAAUUUUUCCCCAUGUAAUCUGUUGACUGUUCUGUUCUUCUUCAUGUUUCUUUGUAACAAACAAUGGUUUGGCACAUCAGUGGACUCUGCCACAAUGUAUCAAAAACGUGCAGAUUAAAAUCGUUUCUAUCCAGUGGGGAAUUUCCAAGUCUGCCAUGCAAUCACAAAUGUUUGAGCAGCACCAAGACACUUCCAUGGAUGAAAAAGAAAAAAAUGGAGGUGGUCAUCCGAAGUUGCUGACAAGACCUCUUCAGGUCGAACCUCAGGCAUGUAAGAACUCACACUCUUUGUGCUAAUGUAUUUGGAUGUCUGCAAGAAGUAUACAGAAAGGUGUCAUUGUAAUAACGAAAAGGACAUGCUGUUUGGGAAAGGAGACGGCUGUUGACAGUUUAAUUAAAUGUGAAUUUAAAACUAG